GUUCUUUGUUGUGGUUGUUGGAGGAGAAUUAAAUCCGCACUCGGGCUGGGAUCUCCUAGAGGGAGCUCAAGUUCCCGGCCUGAAACUUUGCAGGCUAUUGUAAAUAUGUAUACCGUGCAGCGUGCGGGACGGGGCGCGGGGGUAGCGUCCUCUGGCUUUGUUGGUUUCCCACGGGCUGCUGGCGUGGCUUGGGUGCUUGCGGAAGACUGGAUUAAAGAGUCGCUUUCGGCCAGGCGCGGUGGCUCACGCCUGUAAUCCCAGCACUUUGGGAGGCUGAGGCGGACGGAUCACCUGAAGUCGGGAGUUCGAGACCAGCCUAACCAACAUGGAGAAACUCCGUCUCUACUAAAAAUACAAAAUUAGCCGGGAGUGGCGGCGCAUGCCUGUAAGCCCAGCUACUUGGGAAGCUGAGGCAGGAGAAUCGCUUGAACCCAGGAGGCGGAGGUUGCAGUGAGCCUAGAUCGUGCCAUUACACUCCAUCCUGGGCAACAAGAGCGAAACUCCAUCUAAAAGCCGUUUUCCUGAGUUGAUAAACCCUCGCAGAGAGCUCCGCGCCCGGCUGUCCCUGAGGUGCGAGGCUGGCCUGGCGGGAGCCGUGUUUCUGGCCCCAAGGCCAGAUUAGGGUGUCUGCUCCUGAGCCCAAGUGAAGGCCACACCUCCAGACGCGACAACCCCUCGCCCCAUUUCUCCCCAGGCCUGGGUGAUGCUUCUAAGUUAGUUCAUUUCACCUGAGGCUUUUUGGAGGUUCAGGUGAUACUGGGUUAGGCUGGAGUCUGAUUCCUCAGCGAGCUACCUGAAAGGGUGUUUCUGUGGCCUGGGACUGGUUAGCACCAACAAGUCCUGCUCGAUGCCACCCAUCAGUUUCCAAGACCUUCCGCUCAACAUCUAUAUGGUCAUCUUCGGCACAGGCAUCUUUGUCUUCAUGCUCAGCCUUAUCUUCUGCUGCUAUUUUAUCAGCAAACUCCGGAACCAGGCACAGAGUGAGCGAUACGGAUAUAAGGAGGUGGUGCUUAAAGGUGAUGCCAAGAAGUUACAAUUAUAUGGGCAGACCUGCGCAGUCUGUCUGGAAGACUUCAAGGGGAAGGAUGAAUUAGGCGUGCUCCCGUGCCAACACGCCUUUCACCGCAAGUGUCUGGUGAAAUGGCUGGAAGUUCGCUGUGUCUGCCCCAUGUGUAACAAGCCCAUUGCUAGUCCCUCAGAGGCCACGCAGAACAUUGGGAUUCUAUUGGAUGAGCUGGUGUGAGUGCUGCCGCUACACCGAGACCUGGAGAAGACCUCUUGCCUCAUGGAUGUCUGGUCCCUCUGCACAGCUCCAACCAACAGGACUGUAGGGUGAUGACGAUCACUUUCCCAGUGAUGAGAAGGGUGGUCUAGGGCUGGGCUUCUACCCUCAGUGCAAGACCAGUGCCAGAUGUGCCCCCACUUCCUGCCUCCUGAAGCCUUCUUCCCUGCUACUCCAUGCUGGUGGCCUCACCCAUCAAGACCACUGUCUCCUGGUACUGGACUACCUACCUGCCUUGUCCCUGUUCUGGGGGAAGGUGUCCACCCCGAUCAAGAACAUGGAGAAAGUCCUCUUUCAAGGCUCCCAUUAGGAGGAUGAGCUGCCUUGACCCAGAAGGGAUGAGACAGGCUCUUACCUCUCUACAACCUUCCCUCCCCUUCCCACUCCUUCCAGAGUAAGGUUAGAAGGGAAGGAAGGAAAGAUCAAGGAACCAAGCGCCUCCACGGGAGGCGAGGGAGGCUCUGUAUGAAACAGAAGAGCAGGGACAUAAAGGAAAAUGUCAGUGUUUACAUGGGACCUAUGGAAACAAAGGCUGGCCGGCGCCAGCUGACUCCAGAGUAAGAGAGGGCCCUUCCCCUGCCAGGACCCACGGUGCUAUCCAUUCAGUCUCUUCCUCAGUUAAUCUCGGAGCUUCCUAUUCCAUGUUGAGGUUUGUGGGCCCCUCUAGAGGAGGGCUAGUUCUAUACUUAAAUUGAUUCCCAGGGGCCUUUUUUUUUUUUUUUUUUUUUUUUUUCUGAUCAAAAGGGGUGUGGGGAUGGGGGUGUCUACGGUUAAGCAACAGAUACCUCCUUCCCUUUGUAAAUAGUAUUUUUAUACUUCAUCCUCGCCUCUCAGGCUUUAGAUACGAAAUCUCCAGAAUGGAAGGGGGUGGGGAUUUUCUGUUCCUCCCUGGAGUGGGUGAGGGUGGGAGAAAGUUACGUAUUUAAAGAAAAAUAAAUUUAAUAACAAGUUUCUCUAACCUA